AUGCCUAUAGUCCGUAGCGCAACAAACAGGUGUUCGUCAUGCAUUCAUUCCAUUGUGAUGUCGUCUUAUGUGAAUGGUCCAAUUAUUCCGGAACACGAGAUCACAAUGACUUGUUUAUUUUAUAAGAUGAGCGAAAUGCGAAGAGGCUCGCGUGGAGGUCCUGACCGGGAAUGGCUGCAAAAGGAGAGAAAGCGCAUUGAAGAUGAUAUUCGAGAGGAGAUGCAAGAGGCCGUGUCAAACGUGCAAAUAUUGAACCAGAACAUGGAGCAUAUCAAUGACGUGGGCCAAGAAGUGGUGGCCGUUUCUUCUGUGUGGGUAAAGUUCUUGCAUCAGAUGACGGCGUCCAGCAAGAUGGUACGCUGA